AUGGCAGAAUCCGCGUUGCAUUCGUCGCCCGAAUCCGACGAGCCUGAAAACGCUCGACAAGAGGACUUGUCUGAGAGCUCACCAAUCCUAACAGCAAAAGAAGAACACAUAUCAGGUAACUCCAGAGAAAGUAUAAAUCCAUUCCACUGCAUAUUAUUCUCUGGCCACCUCAGCUUCAUCUUGGGCGAGGAGUGCGGGGGGCGAGGAGCUGGACUGCCUGAUCGAGAGCCUGGCCCCUCCCACAACAUAUGCCCUGGCCGGCGUGCAGCUGCAGGUGGUGUAGCGUAUGGCCCAGGGGUGGACAGGGGAUGCUUCUCAACCUGCAGGGCACUCACCACCACUGCCUCGCGAUUGUGGUACCUGCAAUGGCUCACACUGUCAAGUCCAUCUGAGGGGAAGGCCUACAAGAAAUCUUUUAUGCCAUCAAGAAAAAUAGUGGACUACUGCUCUAAGAUCUUCUACAGUACGUCAAUAAUUCCAACAAACCCCGCCUACCUGGAAGUGUCAACCAUUGAUCUUUUCGGUCAAGGUCGCACAUCUGACGUAAACAAGGGAAAGAAUGUCGACCACUCAGGACAAGAAUGGAACCCAUAUGAUGAACUUCCCAGCAACGAAACUGCUGUACGUCAGGAAGUAUUUGCCUCAGAUGGUGAAUGUGAGAUUGUUUUGUUCCCUUUUGUAUCUGUCCUGAGCUGGUCCUACCUUGGCGAGUGCCACGAGGCCGCCGGGGCCGCCUUGUGCUCCGUGGAGGCCGUGACGAGGGCGAAGGCGCCGCCGGGCAGCGUGCACCAGCGGCGCACCAGCAGAAACUCACGCUUCGCCACCAGUCCGCCCAGGCGCGGCGCCGACACCUGCAGCUGCACGUCCGACGCCCCCGCGCGGCCCUCGUCCAGCGACUGCAACGCGCAGCCAUUGGGAGGAAGUGGCAAUUACCAAAAAACGGCAGUAGAUCAAAGCGCCAGAGGAAGCAAGAGCUGGUGGAAGGAAGAGCGAGUGGAAGGGAUCGUCAGUGGAAGUGCCAAUCACCCUACCCAUCCUAUCCCCAAAAUUGAGACGAUACUGAACAUUACUGAUUCCAUGAGCACGGUCAAGGACAUUCCAGUACGUACAGCACGACAAGGAAUAAAUGAAACCGAGUAUUCUUGGACAGAAAAGAGUAUAGCAUUGGCAUGUAGUAGCAGGAUGGAAGUUACCAGAAACAUAGAUAUGAGUGUCCAGAAGAAAAUGCCUAACUCUCAUUUUCGAGCUGCUACUAUUCAUACACUUGAGAAAGAAGAAGAAGAAGAUGAAGAAGAAGAAGAAGAAGAAGAAAAAGAAGAAGAAAAAGAAGAACAAGAAAAAGAAGAAGAACAAGAAAAAGAAGAAGAAGAAGAAGAAAAAGAAGAAGAAAAAGAAAAGAAGAAAAAGAAAAGAACAAGAAGAAGAAAAAGAAAAGAAGAAGAAGAAGAAAAAGAAAAGAAGAAGAAGAAAAAGAAGAAGAAGAAGAAAAAGAAGAAGAAGAAGAAAAAGAAGAAGAAGAAGAAAAAGAAGAAGAAGAAAAAGAAGAAGAAGAAAAGAAGAAGAAGAAAAGAAGAAGAAGAAGAGAAAAAGAGAAGAAAGAAAGCAGAAGAAGAAAAAGAAAAAGAAAAAAAGAAGAAGGAGAAAAAGAAGAAAAAGAAGAAGAAGAAAGAAGAAAUAAAAGAGAAGAAAGAAGAAAUAGAAGAGAAAAAAGGGAAGAAAGAGAAGAUAAAGAAGGAAAAGAAGGAAAAUAAGAAAAAGAAGACGAAGAAGAAAAAGAAGAUGACAAUGGAAAAUGGACAAAAGAAGAUGACUUGGAAAUCAAAUACCAAGUUUGAUACUUCUUUAUUUACAGGUGACAGUCAUAAAAAUGGUGUUGCAUUGGAUACAUCGUCAAACUCAUUUCAUAAAUCUAUUUGUCCAAUUUUAAUUACAGCUCAGUGUUUUGCAUUAUUGCCUGUUAAAGGCAUAACGAGUUCAAGGGUAACAAAUUUGAAAUUUUCUUGGCUGAGUGCAAGAACCUUUUACAGCUGUUUAACAAUAGUAGGAGCAUCAGUAACUACUUUUUUCUGUCUUCUUCAUCUAACUCAUACAGGCUUAACUUUUGCUUCAUCAGUGGAACAUCUUCUUUCUAACUUACGUUAUAUGGAAAAUGCAUUUGACUGUGCUUGCUGCAGUCCAUCAAGCAUAUUUCAUGCUUUCCUUUUACAGAGCCAUGAUUAUGUGGUGAAUAUGGCAGGCUAUGCUCAUUGGAAAGGCAUCCUUCUGUGUGCAAUGAGUGUUAUCAAAACAUUUUGUUGGAAUUUCACAGAUUUGUUUAUUGUUCUCAUAAGCUAUGCACUUGCUGAUCACUUUGCUGCUCUGAAUGAAAGGCUCAAGAACAUAAAUGGAAAGGCAUUACCAAGUUCAUUAUGGAAGACUCUCAGAGAAGACUAUAAUUUACUAGCAGUAUUAAGGUUCCUUCUUCAACUGACAACAGAUCAAGUAGCUCUCACAGGAAUGAAUUUUUUCUCAGUAACACGAGAAUUUGUAAUGGCAAUAAAUAUAUUUGUAAGCUUUCUGUCAGAUCUGCGUGACAAUAUUGAGGAAGGCGUGGACAGCGAAUCGCCGAUGAGUUGGAGAGUUGGCAGGGAGAAAUGCUAUAAUUUGCACCUGUCAGUUCGUGGAGAUGCAGAAGGAGGAGGAGGCUGUGAUGGCUUGCUGCCCACCUCUACUCCUCCAGCAAGAGAUGGCAGACCAGGAAUGCCUUCAUCUGAGCUAAGACUUGAACCUCUCAGCUCAUUUUCCACACUCACUCCCCGAGAAAAACCAUCAAUCAUGCAAGACGGGUCCAAAGGAUUAUUAGCUUCUCGGGCAAUCCGUAUCAUUGGAAGAAUUGCAUCAAUCCAAAAUACACAGUUAGCAGUGUAG